AUCAACGAACAAUUUUAAAAGCUCUUGUUUAAUUUCAGACGACGGGAUAACAGAAACGAAGAUGACAUCGGAUUCGGAGUUUGAUUUCCUGCCAGCGGCUGGACAAAUGAGAUUAACGGCGAUUCAAAAAGCGCAGAUAAAUCGUGCGCGCGAAAACGCCAUGGAGGAGUUGAAAUCCGUGCUCGAUAGAGUACGCCUGACCGUGGACGAAUACACUACAGCGGAGAAAGAGCUGCAAACUAUUGAAAGCCCUGAUCCAGAAUUUGAAGCAGAACAAGAGGAACGAAAGAUGCGCGAAAGGAAAAUGAAGAGAAAGGAAAGGAGAGCAAUGAGAAAAAUGAAACGAAUAGAGGAGAAAGAUGGAGAGGAAGGGACAUCGCCGGAAUCUUAUGGAGACUCAAGUGGAUCGAGCACUGAAGAAGACAAAGACAAGGAAGACGAGGAUACCGAUGAGAGGGAAACAAAGCAAGAGACAUGGACGGUGCCGGGACAAGUCCAAAGGAAGAUCUCACAGAAAACUUUAUUAACGUGGCCCUUCCCCUUGUAUACCAUUAAUUAUUACUAUUUUUCCCACGCUCUUGUCAUGUUGAUCAGUUCAUUUAUCACAACUAUUACUAUCUUUGUAAAUUCACAGCGCUCAAAACGCCGUAGAGUUCUCAAACUGAUUACAUCAUACUUGGAGCUUUGUGUUGAGAGGGAAGACAUUAUGCGUCAGAUGCAGUUAUGGAUAGAGUCAACAGUGGACGAGGAACUGAUGAAACCAGCGCGAGUGUUUCUGUUCAGCCCAGAGCUUCUCCUGGACGAUCUGCCACUCGAGCUGACAUCAGAAAUGCAGACUCUUGGCGCCGCUUUGUUGCGACUGAAAAACAUAGCUGACUCGCUUGGGAUUGGAGGCAGUAACAUAGACGAAGAAGAUGGAAGCUCCCAUAAACUGCUGACAAAAGCUCGUGGACCUCCAAAACCAAAGACAGUGUACAGCUGUAAGUGUAUUGUAGCAAUCCUACUUUUGGAUGAACUAGAUAACGCGGAGAACUGGGUACAAGCCGAAAAUGAUGUAGAGAAGAUUAUCGAGCACGCAAUUAAAACUGUUCCCAUUCGAAAAAUUCGCCUCAAUCUUGACAACGCCAAGAAACAAUUUUUACUGAUGUCUCAGCUGAUGAAGAGAAGAAACUCGACCAUUCGCCAGGUAAGACUUGAUGAAAAAGCUAUCAAUCUUGAGGGAGAACUCGUUAAAGCGAAGAGACAAAGUGACGAAUUGAGAAAAACCAACAAAAAAGCGCAAGUAAAAGCAGAAAGACUUCAACACCGGAAUGAAGACCUACAAAACAACGUGAAAGAACAACAAAAGGUCAUUGACGAGCUUAACGAAAAGUUAGAUGAGUACAAGAAGAAGGAGUCUUAUGGAUUAUAUCGAAGUAGCAGUGAAUCCACGGCAAGUUUGAAAGACAGCGAGGAAAGUAUGUCAGUUGUGAGCCUCGUUGAAAAACCGUCACAACAUCUCGGCCCAACAGGAGAAAAAGUCUUGAUCAAGACACCAAAGUCAUCCAAAGCUCACAUUGCUGUCCCUGGUGAUUCUCAGAGCGAUUCUACGACCGUAGAAGCGUCCAAGACUAGCGAUGAAGGCAGCAAAGAACUGAAAGAAAGUUUGGAAAGAGCGCAGGAGGAGCUGAAAAUUGAGAAGGAAAAAUUCGCGGCUUUCGAGCAGGAAUUUAUGACGCUACAAACAGACAAAGUGAAAGUUGAACAAGAACGGAGCGAGCUUGAGAUACAACUGGAGGAUGUUAAACGGGAAAAUGAAAGAGCAAUGGAAGAGUUGACUCAGAAGUUAGAAGACAUGGAAAGGCAAAACAAAAGGAUGACAGGCGAGUUAGAAUGCAACGAGGAAAUGAUCAAAUACCAAGAGGAGAGACUCGGACAGUUCAUGGAAGAAAUCCAAUGUCUCGAGGAACGAAUGAUGUCCUUUCCCAAUACCCCUGCGACAAUGAGUAUCGCGAGCAUGGCGGGUGGACCGCGGCGCGAACGCAGAAAGACCUCACUUCAGUUGGGUUUGGAGCCGCAGACCGCGCGUCAAAUGGUGGCAAAAGUAAAACAACAAUACGAAGCCGAGCUGCUGAGCAUGAAAGAUCAUAUGAGUAAAGAAACUCAGCGACACCAGGCUGAAUUAAGACGACUGGAACAAGAUCACAAAAAAGACGUGCAAAACAUUCACAAAGAAUCUUUGCUGUUGCUGCGGGCUCUCAACAGAUUCAAGGACACUGUCUCAACACUACUGGAAAGAGAACAUCUAAGUCAAGAAGCGCAUGCCAUUCGUUCUCAUGCACCAUUACCGCUGGACGAAAAUUUCGGGGACACACGGCAGAUGCUGGCGCGCAUGGCUAUUUUAUCCAACGAGAUGUUGAUAUCAGUGGAACUGCAUCUUUCAAAGGGACUUAUGAGCAAACGAUUAGAAUUAAAGGUAAGAGCUACGUAAGAAUUUCCAUAUUCUAAGCAGUGUUUUAACACAUUUCCAAAGUUCUCAAAGGUUGUCAAAAACAUUUCGCCGCCAUUUUUUUUUCAACUCUCGUCCUUCUGUUUAACCUCGUUUUCAGGACUUUUCCGUUAGAAAUUGGGAGCCGGCUGCUCGUUUCUAAAGGAAAUGCCCUGGGAGCGAAAUCGCCUGGUGUUUUCAAAUGUGUUAAGGCCUCGUCUGUCGUGUUUAACAUAUUUCUUCUUAUUAUUAUUAUUUCAAUUUUGAAGGACCAUCCGGGUGAGACUUUACGGAGGCCAAUGCAGGCAGGAAAAUUGAAAGGAACGAGUGAUAAAUUAGAAAUACGAGGACAACAACUGGAACUUCAUGUAUGGAGACUCUUGGAGGUGAGCUGUUCUGUAAUAAAAAACCUGCUGCUUGUUUUCCCGAGGCAGUGAUUUUCCCACAACUCCAUGCCAGUACUUUGUCUAUGUCCGCUUUGUCUUCAUCGCUUUGAGACGGGAGACCAUUGUGGACUUCGAGGACUUCCCUGCUGAUGCACGUGAUAAACGUAGCUACUCGAAGGCCGCCUCGUCUUGUUUCGUAGGUCGGUGACUUCUUUUUAAGCAUCUCAUACCUGUUGCCACUGUUUUCACUCUUUGGAGAGAUUUCCGCAGCGCAUAUCUAGUUUCGGAGGUAAAGACACAUUACACGAGAAUACUGUAGCGCUCGUACCGCACGUGGAUGACUGAGCGGCGAUGUCAUCUUUCCCAGGUUGGUACUCAGAGGACUUCACUUUGCUUGUCUGCCUUCAAGUCUUUGCUAAAUGAUUAUCGAGUUCCAUGUCUCCUAAAUGUAGCGAGGACUUUCUUUACCAGUCACUUCUUGGACUUUUUACAUCUGGGAAAUCUCAAGGAAGACACUACUUGCUCGAUUUGUGUCGAGACCUACAACCAACCCAAAACUAUAUCA